GAUCGGUGGAGACACUGAAUAACUGUCCAAAGUAGAGAAGAGUCUGGCCCCAGAGCUGCACUUUGAACCUCUACAUGGGGCAAGAGCUUCAAAGGGCCCCACCCCAGCCUUCCCUUCCACUGGUUCACAGUCCAGAGAUUGGGAGCUCCAGGCUUGGACAACUUAUCUUUCCUGACCUUAAAGUCUAGGAGUCAAUAAAGAUUUCCAGAGCUGCAGGUGUGGUAGAAAAAAAGACUUUGGGGGCUAGGGGUGUAACUCAGCAGCAUAGCACCUGCCUGGCAAGCGCGAGGCCCUGAAUUCAAUUCCCAGUACCUAAAAAAGAAAAGAGAAAGACUUUGGACAUAGUUUGGCCAUGAAUAGAACGUACAGAGCUGGGGAGAAUGCCCGUUCUCAGCAUCCUGGAGAACAUAGACACCCGCGGCGGAGGGGUGGGCCGAGACUGCAGUCCUGGUUGUUCCUGGGUCCAGCCUGCCUCCUUACUCACAGGACACGAAGAUGCCACCUAAGCGCAUAGCUAAGAGAACAUCACCCUCAGAAGAUGCUGCCCCCAGAAGCAAGAAAGUGAAAGACUCUCGUAACCAAGCAGUGAAGCCAACUGCCUCCUGCAGUGGUCCCAGCACCCACUCCUGCCAAGUCUCACACAGGUCUCACCAUACGGAAGCAGGGGUGGUGCUGUCGCUGGGCCAGGGAGAUGUGGGCCAACUGGGGCUGGGUGACAAUGUGAUGGAGAGGAAGAAGCCAGCCCUGGUGCCCAUUCCAGAAGAGGUGGUUCAGGCUGAGGCUGGGGGCAUGCACACCGUGUGUCUCAGCAAAAGUGGCCAGAUCUACUCCUUUGGCUGCAAUGAUGAAGGUGCCCUGGGAAGGGACACAUCAGUGGAAGGCUCAGAGAUGGUCCCCGGAAAAGUGGAACUGCAAGAGAAGGUGGUACAAGUGUCAGCGGGAGACAGUCACACAGCAGCCCUCACGGAGGAUGGCCGUGUCUUUCUUUGGGGCUCCUUUCGGGAUAAUAACGGUGUUAUUGGGCUGUUGGAGCCCAUGAAGAAGAGUAUGGUGCCUGUGCCAGUGGAGCUGGAUGUGCCCGUGGUGAAGGUAGCCUCAGGAAACGACCACUUGGUGAUGUUGACAGUUGAUGGUGAUCUCUACACCUUGGGUUGUGGGGAGCAGGGCCAGCUUGGGCGUGUUCCUGAGUUAUUCGCCAACCGUGGUGGGCGGAAGGGCCUUGAACGACUCCUUGUCCCCAAGUGUGUGAUGCUGAAAUCCAGGGGAAGCCGAGGCUAUGUGAGGUUCCAGGAUGCCUUCUGUGGUGCCUAUUUCACUUUUGCCAUCUCCCGAGAGGGCCACGUAUAUGGCUUUGGCCUCUCCAACUACCAUCAGCUUGGAACACCAGGCACAGAAUCAUGCUUCGUACCCCAGAACUUAACAUCCUUCAAGAAUUCCACCAAGUCCUGGGUAGGCUUCUCUGGUGGCCAGCACCAUACAGUCUGCAUGGAUUCAGAAGGAAAAGCAUACAGCCUGGGCCGGGCUGAGUAUGGGCGCCUGGGCCUUGGCGAGGGUGCCGAAGAGAGGAGCAUCCCCACCCUCAUCUCCAGACUACCCUGUGUCUCCUCAGUGGCCUGUGGGGCCUCUGUCGGGUAUGCCGUGACCCAGGAUGGCCGUGUUUUUUCCUGGGGCAUGGGCACCAACUACCAGCUGGGCACAGGGCAGGACGACGAUGCAUGGAGCCCUGUGGAAAUGACUGGCAAACAGCUAGAGAACCGUGUGGUCUUAUCUGUGUCCAGCGGAGGCCAGCACACAGUCUUACUAGUCAAGGACAAGGAACAGAGCUGAUGAAGCCUGUGAGGGCCUGGCCCCCACCUUCCCUCACUGAACAGGGGAGCACACAGCUCCAGAUUCCAGCACCCUCUCCCCGCCUCUCCUGAACACUGUGUCAUCUCCUGCCUUUUUCCCAUCAACAGAGCAGAAUCAUUCUCUUUUUCAUCCUUCUUUCUGGAAUCAUCCUGCUACCUGCAGGAUGAAGCGGGGAGCGGAGGGGUUGUCAGAAGGAACAUCGCUUACCCUCACCACAGACCUGUGUGGUUGGACCUUUUUCCCGCUUCCCUGCCUUCCGUGCCGGCUGACUCUGACUGCAUUCCAUAGUACCGGGAUGCCCUCCCUUGGGAGUUUGGCGCCUGCACUUUGAGAAGUUGGGGUUCCACCACUCUGGUCACUCUUCCUGUCCUAACAGGCCCCAGGCAGACAGAUGGUUACAGUAUUAGACCCAGCUGUCAUGGACCAAGGCCUGGGGCAGCUGGAGAGGGGGCAGGGCUACAGAGCUGUGGGCAACCUCAAGCCAAAUAUUUGGCUCUGAACAGGUGUUUAGGGGGCAAAAGACAGUGAUUCACUUGAUGAAGAAAAAAGCCAACUACUACUGUAUCUGUUCUCCC